UGUAAGUGUCUGUUUCAUCAACAGCUGUUCGUUCAUUAGCUGUGCUUGCUUCAGGCACAUCCGGCACAGAUCCAACCGCAACAUAUCGAAGGUUUCUGAGAAGUUGUUCGUGAACCAAUAGGCACUCUUCGCGGAAGAUCGUUCUUUACAAAAUGAUCGUGAACAUCAAUUGUGGCGCUGCAGUGUUGAGCCGCCCGUCGCAAUAUUUUUAACGACGCGCUUGCUGCUGUGGCGGUGAAAUCAUGUGAGGACGCAUCGAAGAUAGGAGGCGACACAGCACGCACGACGGGACCAAAUUGAUGGCGUCGUCGGACAGCGAUGAUUGGCCAGGAGUUCGAGAAACGCGCGUGCUGCGAUCGAAGCCGGCCAGGUCAAUACACCCCACAGCCGGGCCGGCUCGACCGCCCGCGCCCUGGACGAUUUGCUGCAAGCUGCUGUUUCCCUGGUGCUACCGUCGCAAUCAGGACCUCGAUGCCAGUAGCAGCUCCGACGACGAGGACCUGAACACUUUUGGCGACGGGCCGCACGACCCAACUCGCUCGAGCCUGUUGUACCAAAGCUCGGAGGAAGAUGAGGCGGAGCAGUCAUUGCGGCGAGCACAGGACAACAGAAAGAACGCCAAGACGCAUGGCGGCGGUGCUGGAACAGGAGCGGCCGCGGCCGGCAGUAGUAGUAUACUUGGCCCGCGGGCGCCGGGAGAUCGAGAUCGCGGUCGCGGAGGAACACAGGCGGCGAAGUCCGUCCGAAGUACAACUGCACUCGGGGCCGCCCCUCGUGGAACCGCAACGGCCUCCCAAGCACGAACGGCACGAAGUGUGGCCUCGUGGCGACGCUCGGGCGCCAGCGGUCAGUAUGUUGAUGCCAGCAGGAUGUACUCGAAGCUGUCACGCACCUCCCUGGAUGACCUGUUCUUGAGUUCCGACGAGGACGACGAGGAAGGAAACUUCCGCCGCUCCCUGUCCUUCGGGCCCGGUUCUUCCGGGAGAAAGACCGGCACGAAGCCGCGCCGGUUUAACCGUUUUUGCCAGUUGCUGACGGCAACGUGUGUCGCUCUCUGGCUCGGGGUCAUCUUGUUCUUUGUGAUCGCGGCGAACAACAGACGGAGACCAGAGCCACCGCUCGAACGCAAAGCGAAAGUUCGGUAUCACUACCUUCCGACCGCGACGUCCGAAGAUCACAUAACCUACACCAACCCGGUACUACUUAUUUUUGAACUAUAAAAGAAACAGGAAUAGCAUUCUCAAUACUAUCUGCCUCUUCAACAAAUAGUAUAGCAGUUCGGUUGUACUAGGCUCCCCUGUAGUUCCUGAUGCAUGCAUGACGCUUACUGCACUGAGCGCAGUUGCCUUCUCGACGUUUCUUCUGUCUGCGACAAGGGGGCAAAAAAUCGACAGGUAUCCGUCGCGGAGACAAAUUGGAUAUGGAGCAUACUGAAACACGACCACUUUCCCGUUCCGCGGACGCCCGAACAGGUAGUGGUGUUCCUCGAAAUCGGCCCCGAGGAAACACAAGUUCCCGAGGUCGUGGAAAGGCACGCGCCGGGCGCAGAACCUGCAGCCCCUGCUAUCCAAGAAAGAAAGAUCUUAUGUGUAACUUUUUUCGAGGAACAGCAUUAUGGCACGAGAGCAGAUGAAACUUGUCAUGAUGCGCAGAUAGUACGUGAAAACGCGCUUACGUUCUUGCGCGUCACAAAGUUAAUACGCUAACAAUGUUUUUUUCUUGGAUACCUGCUGCUGGCGGGCUAUUUGCCCAGCUUUUCGGAGGUGGGAAAAACACAGCGCCAAAAGCUCCCGCAAGACGGCGUCCCUUUCGCAGCCUUUUGGGUCCACUCGACAAACACGACCCCCUCGACAUGCAAAUGCGCGACAUGAUCACGCAAGGCCUCGUCGACGAGAAGGGAGCGGGUAACUAAGUAUUUCGAAGGAACAAAAAUGAUGCGCUGAGUUGAUGGAACUAGUCACUCGCUUCAUCCGCCGUCAAAGUACUUCAAAACGAUAGCGAUGCGAAUGAACCAGUGUGAAUUCGGCUUUAAUUGUAUUGUUCAACUUAACAGCCGACCUACAGUUUCUGCUUUCAUCCGAGGAAUUGCGACUGUCGGUGUGGGACACAAACAUUUUGGAGAAGCUCAGUAACGAGUACACAACAGCCGCAAAGUCGACCGAGGACCUCACCCCGCUGGAGCAGUCUCUGUAUCGACGACAACAGGCACUAGUUGCGACAGAUUUGUACUUUCGCUCCGGGAGGAAUCUUUUGGUCGCGGAAGGUAUACUGUCUUUCUGUGCUCCUUUAUUCCAGGAGACACAAAUGUCGCAGAGUGGAAGCCUGCCUGCUUGUUCCCAAACGAGGAAACUACAGCAUACGUCGAGAGGAGCUUCAUAUGCCAAUAAAAGGAGCAUCCUCUUCGCCAAAGUUGUUGUGCAUUUAGUAUUUUCAUGCACUAGUAUAGUAAGUAUCUAUGGCUUUCGUUCUUUCAUUCACAGUCACGAAAAGGUUUUCCUUUUGAAGCGCCCUCUUCAAUGAAUCGCUUUAUUUCCAGGUGCGGUCCUCGAUGUUUCGCCCGAAACAUUCACCAAAAUUGUCACGGAGGGCCCCGUCGUGGCCCUCAAGUCACUGCUGCACACUCUGCAGCAUCUCCGGGACAAAAAGUUCGGGCAGAACGGGGUCGGCGCGCAGGUGCCUCUGGGGAACCGCUUUCGGCAGCUGGCAGGGCUUUUGCAGCCCCAGAGAGAAAGAGAGGCGGGUAAGCCUCAACAGCUCCGCGUUAUCGGAGCGGCGGCAAGACACAUGGCGGACGAGCUUCGAACAAAGCUUGACGCCCUUCUGGGAUCCGGAAAAAUAAAGGUACUUACUUAGAUAGAACUCACUCACAAACACACAGGUGCACGCGCGCAAAACUUGUAGUUGCUUUUUCGGCGCCAGCACUGUAUUUUGCUCGAAUCGCUAUGACUAUCAUGUAGAGAAUAGUUGCAUAGAAACUUCACAAAUAAUAGAGGUGUUCCGCUGGAUAAUUUUCCUCUGCGGUUGACUUCAGCAUUGCUAUUCCCGCGGGAGAGCAGCACGCAUGACGUUUUAAUGUCCUUCUAGCUGCACAUUAUAUUUCAUCUUCUCCAGGUACUUGUCGAGCAGGCGCUCGAGGUCCAGGAAUCUUUGGGAGUCCCGGAAUCGGUUGUACAAGCGGUCCGACAGGAACUGGCGGGCUAUCUCGCUCCUAUUGCUGACGAGCUUGCCCGACAGCUCGCUGCGGCUCGUCCCCCGUAACCACCGUGGUGGCAAGAUGAACAAACGGCAGUCGUGCUAAGUACUUUUUUCACUCUCUACCGCCGCUCGAUCGCACCCAUCUCCAGGCAAAGCAGGUGGAAAACAUUUGAUGAUUGUUUUUGUACUUAUGAUUCUUGGAUAAGAGACUUCUCGGCACUUCGACAGACAGAAUGAAAGAUGCUCUACGGCUCUCAAACUUACGUGUAGAUCUUCGCACGAGGCGUCUCCAAGUUUGUCAAAGAGUAUACCUUUCGCUUGUUACGUCGCCGUGAAAUUAAUAGAUACCGAAGUCAAUUUUAAUACGAUUCGAAGAUAUAUUUACAGAUGAAUUUCAAUAUCUCUACCGAGCACUGGCGCCAGAAAUUUUGCACUUCCCGGGAAUAAAGCUAGUACAUUUCUGUACAACAACAUCUGAAGAAAAGUACAACGAAUCGUUGCGAAGUAAAUGUUUUUGAAUGAAGAGCGGAUCAGAGCCGGCAGUCCCGAGCCUUUCGUAUUGUAUUACAGUACCGAAGAAACUUGUGCCAUAUUGUUUUCCCCCUGUUCCGGGUAACAACUGAACGGCAGCGUAGCCAGCAUGCGUGCUCUUGCGAUCGUCUUGUGCCGGCCACACAUAUCUUUCAUCAUUUCACUUAAUGCAGCCGUCAGACUUUG